GUCACCACGAGGACUACUACCUCUUCGCAAGCUACUACCACUCAGCAGAUUACUACCACAACGAGGUCACCUCUCUGUAGCGUGUCCCUCCCGCUUCUCCCUUUAGUGGCUUCCCCCUUUGCCGCGUCACCUCCGGACAGCUGAAGGGGACUGCCCUCACACCAGGAACUGCCAAACCGAUUCACCUCCCUUCCUUUUUUUGGCGAAACGUCAUGGACCCAUUUCUGGGGAAAAUGCUCAGGGGGGUUCUUCUCCUGCUCCUCUCUCUCUCGGCCCUUCGGGGAGGCCUUUCCAAAGACGCCUGGACCUGCCGCAAAGACUACGCGCGUCCAUGCGCAGAGGGGUGGCACCAGGUGAACGCCUCCCAGGAGUGCGUCGCGCCCUUGUCCUACCGAGGGCCCUGCCCGCGCUUCCUCCAAAUGGAAAGCAAAGCCACUCAGAAGAGGCUGCUCGAAGGGGAGUGCCGCAUUUCCUGGCCCUGCCUAGACCAGUGCGAAAGGAACUACUCCCUCCAGUGCCCCGAGCAGUGGGCGCCAGAGGACGAGAAGACGUGCCGGCCACUUGCCAUUUAUGAAGGGACGUGUCUUCCUCCCCACGACUUCUCCAAAAUGACUGACCCUCAAAAGAAAAUUUGGAGCAACAAAUGUGAAACGGACUGGCCAUGCAUGGUUAGACACGCAAGUUUGUGCGCUGCAUGGGGAAUGCCUUUGUGUGGAAGUCCCCCCAGCACCCUAUCAUCUGCUUGUUUCUCCCCCAUUUCUAAGGCGUCGUGCAAAAAGGACUAUUCUAGAGGGUGCCCCCAAGUAAUACCAGGAUGGAUGAGUCUGAGGGGAUAA